UGUAGGAUCAAAUCAGAAUAUUUUGUUCAGUGUUCUUAAAAGCAGCAUAAAGACUAAGAGCAAACCGUAUUGUUCGAUCUAACGCGAUUAGAGCGGUUUGACGAUCCCGUAGCAGGUAGCGAACUUGGUGCCAACUUGCCUUGGGGUUACGGAGGGAUGUGUCCGUAGUUCAGCAUCUGCAGAGGGUUUUCCUGAUGAUAUUCGAACCUUCACAAUGUACAAUGAGCGCAACAUUUUACCCUGUGGCGAAGCAGUGUGCGUGAUGGUGCGCAUGGUGGUCGUGUGGAUGCUUCUGUCCCUGCAGGAGGCGUCCUCGAGCAACGUGCUGGUGCUGCACCCCAUGCACUCGCCCUCACACGUGCUCGCCCUCAGGACCCUCGUGCUCGAAAUGGCAGACCGAGGGCAUCAAAUUACAAUCGUGAGGCCGUUUGACCGUCAAAUCCCGACAUUAUCAGCAAGGAACGUUACCGAACUCUUCGUCGCCAUUGACAACACUCACGGACAGAUCCCCAUGAUGACACACGACAACCCGGCGGAGUUCCAAAUGCCCAUGGCACUGAUGUGGCAGCGUGGCACAUCAUUUACAGCGCUGCCACUGGACGGUUUCCUAACGCUGUCUGCGUUCUGCCAACGCCUCUUGUCCGACCAGGACCUCAGACACGUCCUCAGGAACUCCGACUUCCAGCUGGCCGUUGUAGACCUCAUCUAUAACGAGUGCGGACUCGCUCUAGCACACCAUUUAAGCCUACCGGUGGUGGGGUACUGGGCCUUCACAUUCGCGGGAGGAGAGCCUCAGUACACGACAGCAUUCAACCCACCCUCAUGCACCCCACUCAUCCUCUCGCACUUCAGUGACCGCAUGAACUUCUUCCAGAGAAUUGGCAACCAUUUACUCUUAUUUUGGAAUGAAAUCGUUAUGCAGGUAACCUUUUGGGUAACCGGCAGUCACAUUACGAAGUACUUUCCAUCGUGUCCGCGGCCUCAAGAAAUGUUGGCUAAUCUCUCUGGUGUGCUGAUCAACUCGCACCCCGCCAUUGACUACCCUAGACAAUUGCCCCCUUCGUUUCUAGAAAUCGGAGGCUUCCAUAUCGGCAAACCAAAGUUGUUACCGCAAGAAUUUGCUACAUUUGUUGCCGAUGCAAAUCCUCGUGGACUCAUCCUCUUCUCCCUAGGCUUCACAUUUGACACGGAGUUCAUUCCGAGGGAAGUCGUUGCCACUUACCUCGCCGCUUUUAGGCAGCUUCCCCAACGAAUUAUCAUGGUCGCCAAAGGCUCGAUGCGCGACCACUCGGUUCCAGAAAACGUUAAGGUAGUGCAGUGGGCGCCACAAGUUGACAUUCUCGCUAACAACAAAACCGUGCUUUUUAUAAGCCACUGUGGCAUGCAUGGAGUCUUGGAGGCUCUAACAUAUGGAGUACCGAUGGUCGGGAUCCCCGUGUUCGCUGACCAGCAGGAUGUCAUGGUGAGGCUGGUACAGACUGGCGUGGCUGUGGAGGUCAGCAAACAUUCAUCGACAAGUGAAGUGCUUUCAGUGAUCACGUCCGUGUUGUACGACCCAUCGUACCGCAAACGAGCUCAGGACUUGGCUGACAUUUUACGGGAUCAGCCGACCACGCCUCUGCGACGCGCGGUGUGGCUGCUGGAACACGUCUUGGCCACGGCAGGGGCACAGCACCUCAAGCUCUCGUCUCGCCACCUUAAUUUUCUACAGUACAUUGGCGCCGACGUUGUUGCCUUCAUGAUCGUCAUGACUGCGUUAGUGGGUUACGUUAUCAAUAAGAUCUCGGGACUUGCUCGGAGAAAGAUGGCUCUGAACUAUAAAGAGAAAUCGUCUUAG